UGUCAACAUCAACAUCAGUCCCAGUAAUUCCAUCCAGUAAUUUCGAUCACGGUUUAUAUAAAUAAUGAGCUCAGCUGGUAAGCUAAGAAAAGUGUUUAGAAAACACACAGCAGAAGAGAGAAAAGAAGAAAAGCGACGCUAUAGAGCGCGUCAAAAGGAAGUUAAAAAGCAUCUGAAAGAGUUGACUAAGCGUCAGGAGCGAACCAGCACAAAUGAUGAAAUACCGAUUUCUGGURAUGCCGUCGCAGGUCCCGCUGGUUUUUGUCGUGGCAGUCGAAUGGUAACUUUAGCUAAACAGAGCGUUGGCGAAAGUACCGCGCCUAAGGCCAGAUUAAUUCCGAGGGUUCACCGAGAGCAGCUAAGCUAUAGCAAUGAUGAAGACCACYUUGGAAGUGGCAGCUUCGGUAACUGUUAUCGGGGUACCUAUCGUGGUAACAUACCCGUUGUUAUAAAGAAAUUUAAAAAACAUUCAACGGAUGAAGUGAUUCAAGAGGCAAGAGUCAUUCAAGAACUUCAGGCAAUCGAGCAUCAUCCUUGUUUGCCCUUACUAAUAGGUGUCUCUGUGAAAUCAAAGCCCUACAUGCUUGUUACUCAAUUUCAUGGUGAAAGUGGUGGGACUCYAGCCUAUACGAUAUCAAAUGCUGUAGACGCUAAUCUUAUUAAAGAUAACAUGUUUGUGGAGUGGCUACGAGUUUUGACAGACCUAGCGAAGACACUCGGAKUAAUUCACAAUCGUGGAUAUCUCCACAAUGAUUUAAAGGAAAAUAACGUGGUCCUACAUCAUGCAAACGGGAAAUGGAGCCCUGUUAUAAUUGACUUUGGGAAGAGCGUCAAGAUAAGUGCAGCACGACCUGGCAAGAAGAGAGAUCCAAAAUACUACCAUUGGAUCGCUCCAGAGGUACUCUCUGGUGGUGUUUGCCCUUCCACAUCGAGCGACAUCUUCUCCCUUGGGAGAAUAGUAAGAUUCGUUGCAAAGAWGGUAAUGCAUCGUCACUCCUCCUACUCUAGUAUUAAGGAGUUGUACUUGUCUUGUGUCAGUGACAAGCCAAGUCUUCGUCCAAAAACUGCACAAGCUGUUGCUGCCAGGCUAUCAGGGGUUUCACUAAAAUGAUUACAGUGGRAAGGACUUAUUGAAACGAGAAACAAUUUAUAUUGAACUGUGAUUUUUUUCAAUUCCGCUUGCAGUCUUACUUUGAUAGAAGUUCCGAGGAAUAGAUGAGUGUAAAUAGGUACUUAUGUUUAAAAGCGAUCAUGCCGUUUUACAAUUAAACACAAUGUAUUGUAUGUAAUGUAUGCUUUAUAUUUAUAGUAUAUGUAACACGAAAUGUUUUAAAAAUACAAUAUAAACUGACGUUUACGAG